AUGUCUCUCGAUCGGUUAGUCCGCACCGUCACCGACCCCAAGACCGGCCGCAGGGUCUCUGUCGUCGACGGCGCUUACUACCAACCCUACUACCAGCGACGACGGAAUACCAUCGCCACCACUGGCAUAGGCACAAGCUCGACAGCUGAGACUAAAAACACCACAUACGCGGAAGACAAGAAGAAAGACCCCAACGAGCCGGUCAUUGUCCUCCGAAGAUCGAGCAUUGAAACUGCCCCAGCUUUCCGACCAGGCGGCGGUAUGUCCAAAGUCGUGCGCGGGGUGAAGAAUAUCACCAAGGGGUAUAGCAGUGUCCAGGUCAAGGUUCGAAAUGCCACCUCGAACGAUCCAUGGGGGCCCACGGGCACGGACAUGGCGGAGAUCGCGGCGUUAACGUUCAACAAUCCGUCAGAUUUCUACGAGAUCAUGGACAUGCUGGACAAGCGACUCAACGAUAAAGGCAAGAACUGGCGACAUGUUCUGAAAUCCCUGAAAGUCCUCGACUACUGCUUGCACGAAGGCUCGGAGCUGGUCGUGACUUGGGCACGGAAAAACAUCUACAUAAUCAAGACUUUGCGAGAGUUCAUCUACGUCGACGAAGACGGCCGCGAUGUGGGCAACAAUGUCCGGAUCUCGGCUAAGGAGCUCACCUCUCUCAUCCUCGACGAAGAGCGCCUCCGCAGCGAGCGAUCAGAUCGGAAACUGUGGAAGACCAGAGUUACUGGCAUUGACGAGUAUGCACCACAAGGAAGCUCGAAUGUUACAGCCCCCCGCGAGGCACGCCGCGAUCAUCGGGGCAACGACCAAGAAGAUGCAGAGCUGCGCCUUGCAAUUGAGGCUAGCAAGUAUGAAGCCGAGGAGGAUCAGAAAAGACGCAACCAGUCGAAAGGCAAUGCUGCCGACAUGGACGACGAUCUGGCUAAAGCCAUCAAGCUGAGUCAAGAGGAGGAAUCCCUGCGAGCACGACAACUGGAAGAGCAGAACGCUGCUUCGCUGUUCGACGACACACCAGCGCCGUCCCAGCCUCAGCCGACUGGUUACAACCAGGGCUACCAGCAGCAGCCUGCCGUCGAUUGGUUCGGCAAUCCUCUGCAACAGCAGCCGCAGCAGACUGGAUACCUCAACAACCAAUACGCACAGCCCACUGGGUACCAGCCUCAGCAGACUGGCUAUCAAAACGGUUUCAGCAACGGGUUCCCGAGUCAACCCGGUGCCUAUGACCAGUUCGGCUCACAGCCGUUCCUGCCACAGCAGAACACAAUCCAGCCUCAGCAGACCGCUUUCCAGAAUAACAACCCUUACGGCGCUCUCCAACAGCAGCCCAGCUUCACCCAGCAGCCGCAACAGCAAGCCCUCCAGACCGGCACCAACAACCCCUGGGGACAACAGCAACAAGCAGCUGAGCCGCUCAAGCCCCUCCCUACCGGCUCCAACAAUCCAUUCGCCCAGAAAGCCGCCUCACCAUCACCCUUCCAACGCACCCAGACGCAACCCUCACUGGGCACACUCUUCGAAACACAACCCACAAACUCCUUUCAACAACAAACACAAUACCAACCCACACAGCCAAACCCAAUUUCUAACUUCACCGCGCCCGUCCAGCAACAACCGCAAAAAGCGCAAGACCCGCACGCCGCCCGUCUCAACGCCCUGCUCGCCUCCGGCGAAGGGCAGGACACCUUCGGCAACACGGGUGAUCUGCGUAUUCCGGCGCAACAUACCGCGCCAGGCACGUUCGUCAAUUCGGCCGGACAGGGUAGGGAUAAGCUUAUCGCGACUCAAACCGGCAGCAACCCGUUCUUCAGCCAGCAAUUUACGGGCGCGCCGCAAAUCCCGGCGCAGACUGGGCCUGUGGGCUAUGGUGGUGGAGGCUAUGGAGGCCAGCAGAGCCACAAUCCCUUUGGAGCUCGGCCGCAGCAGCAAGGUGGCGGGAGUCUGAUUGACUUGUAG